AUGGCGGACCUCUUCGUCGACCUCGUUGCGCCAAACGGUACUCACUACUCACAACCCACAGGACUCUUUAUCAACAACGCCUUCGUUGCGUCCAGUGGCCAGACAAUCACCUCACUCGACCCAGCGACGGACAAACCGAUCGCUACCGUCCAUGCUGCCAGCGCCGAAGAUGUCGACCGCGCAGUGAUCGCAGCCAGAGCGGCUCUGGUGCACCCAUCGUGGAAGAAGUUGCCGGGCACCGAGCGUGGCCAGCUCAUGGCUCGUCUGGCCGAUCUUAUGGAGAAAAACAAAGAGCUGUUUGCGACCAUAGACGCUUGGGACAACGUACUCUCACUCACUGAGAAGUCAGGCAAACCGUACCACAUCGCGCUCAGCGAGGAUCUCGUGGAGGCGAUCGGGACUAUUCGAUACUACAGCGGCUGGGCGGAUAAGACGUUUGGACAGACAAUCAGCACGACGCCAGCGAAGUUUGCAUAUACCAUCCGACAGCCUGUUGGUGUAGUUGGCCAGAUCAUCCCGUGGAACUAUCCUCUCUCCAUGGCCUGCUGGAAGCUAGGGCCGGCGCUCGCUUGCGGGAACACGGUCGUGCUCAAGCCUGCUGAACAGACACCGCUGAGCGUCCUUGUGUUGGGCAGCCUGAUCAAGGAGGCUGGCUUUCCACCCGGGGUUGUGAAUAUUGUGAAUGGGUAUGGUCGCGAAGCCGGAGCGGCUCUAGCAGGCCACCCGCUCAUCGACAAAAUUGCGUUUACGGGGUCGACCGUAACAGCACGCGAGAUCAUGAAGCUUGCUGCGGGGACUUUGAAGAACAUCACCCUAGAGACUGGCGGAAAAUCACCCCUUCUGGUCUUCCCUGACGCUGACCUGGAGCAAGCUGUUAAGUGGUCGCACUUUGGUAUCAUGUCCAACCAGGGACAGAUCUGCACCGCCACUUCCCGAAUCUACGUCCAUCAAGAUAUAUUCCAGCUGUUCCUGUCCAAAUUCAAGGCCGCGGUUGAGACGACUUCCAAAAUCGGCGACCAAUGGGACGAAUCUACCUUUCAGGGGCCGCAGAUUACACGCGCCCAGUACGACCGGAUCCUUUCCUAUAUCGAGACCGCGAAGAAAGGCGGUAUGGCCGUAGUCACCGGCGGCUCAGCACAUGCGCCUUCGAGCGAGAAGAACAAGGACGGCUAUUUCAUCCAACCGACUGUGUUCACCGGCACCGAUGACUCGCAUGCUAUCGUCCGUGAAGAGGUCUUUGGCCCGGUUGUGGUGAUCCUACCCUUCGCGUCCGAAGAGGAAGCCAUCAGGCGUGCAAAUGACACAACAUACGGACUUGGGGCGGCAGUUUUCACGUGCGAUCUGGAACGUGCGCAUCGUGUUGCUGCUGAGAUAGAAGCUGGCAUGGUCUGGGUCAACAGCAGUCAGGACUGUGAUCCCCGGGUGCCUUUUGGGGGCGUCAAGCAGAGCGGUAUUGGGCGUGAACUGGGCGAGGCGGGCCUGGAGGCUUAUACACAGGUUAAGGCCGUGCAUGUGAACAUGGGCAACAAGCUUUAG